AUGGAAUUCUGCAUUUUCAUGUUAUACUUGCAUCAAAAGAAAUCAUUUAUCGCGACAUCAAACCUGAAAACAUCCUUCUCAACUUAUUUGGACAUAUUCACUUAUCUGAAAUUCGGACUCUCUAAAAUCACAAACCAUUCUUAAAGUUUAAAUGGAUCUAAAAAUUACAUUAAUCCUGAAAUGCCACUCAAACUGGAUACAAAAUACAAGUCGAUCAUAAUUAUUCUGAAACCUACUUAACAUACUUGUUAUCAUUUCUGUAGCAAAAAGACUAAAAAAUUCUAUGACUCUAUACUCAAUGAAUAAUUCACAUUCCGACAAUUUCUAAGUCAAAUAAAUCAAAGAUUAUUAACCAAAGAACCUAAUAAAAGAUUAGGAGUGCAUAUAGGAGACAAAGAAAUCCUUCAACUUAAAUGGUUUAAGAAAGUCAAUCUGACACAUCCUAAUGAAACGAUUGAAUCCUCCAAAAAAUCUGAUAUUAGAAUUUAAAUUUCGAAAUUAAAACUUUAAAAUUUGGAAUUGAGUGAGAGAUUGAUAAGGAUGGCAAUUUCAAAUAAAAAGACUUUAAAAUUUUUAAUGAAUUCUACUUUGAUUAUAGAUAAAAUAAACGAAUAAUAGAUUAACAAAGAAUAUUGA